UCCUGGGUUUGGCCCAAAGCACAAAAAAGGCGUUUUCGGAAGCCGACUCGGGCAGGGGCUGUGCGGGCGCACAAGGGCCAUUUGUUUGUUUUGGGACUUGGGGCAGGAAAUUUUGCUCUGCCUGAGUCACGGCGGCUCCUUCAAGGAAACGUCAGAGUUUGCUUAUCACUUGGGGCUGCUGUGCGCCGAGCGGGCUGCUGUUCUUUGCUGCCGCCGCCGCUGCUGUUGUUGCAGCUGUUUCUGCCAGCCAGGGAACCAGAGUGGUUAGUAUUGAGCCCGCCGGGGGCAGGAGGAUCCAUGGGAGAGAUGCAGGGGGCACUGACCAGGGCCCGGCUAGAGUCGUUGCUUAAGCCUCGCCACAAAAAGAGAACUGAGGCUCAGAAAAGGAGCGAGUCCUUUCUGCUGACCGGACUUGCUUUCAUGAAACAGAGAAGGAUGGGACUGAAUGAUUUUAUUCAGAAGAUUGCUAGCAACUCAUAUGCCUGCAAACAUUCUGAAGUUCAAUCUAUUUUGAAAAUUUCUCAACCUCAAGAGCCUGAGCUUAUGAAUGCCAAUCCUUCUCCUCCACCCAGUCCAUCUCAGCAGAUCAACCUUGGCCCAUCAUCCAAUCCCCAUGCAAAACCAUCAGACUUUCAUUUCUUGAAAGUAAUUGGAAAAGGCAGUUUUGGGAAGGUUCUUCUUGCAAGACACAAGGCAGAGGAGCAAUUCUAUGCUGUCAAAGUUCUACAGAAAAAAGCAAUCCUGAAAAAGAAGGAGGAGAAACACAUCAUGUCAGAGCGUAAUGUCCUUCUGAAAAAUGUCAAACACCCUUUCCUGGUUGGACUACACUUCUCCUUCCAGACUGCAGAUAAACUCUACUUUGUCCUAGACUACAUCAAUGGUGGAGAGUUGUUUUACCAUCUCCAGAGAGAGCGAUGCUUCCUGGAGCCCCGAGCCCGGUUUUAUGCUGCUGAAAUUGCCAGUGCACUGGGUUACCUGCACUCUCUGAAUAUUGUUUAUAGAGACUUAAAGCCAGAGAAUAUUUUGCUAGAUUCACAAGGGCACAUUGUCCUGACAGACUUUGGACUAUGUAAAGAAAACAUUGAGCACAAUGGCACAACAUCCACCUUCUGCGGCACCCCUGAGUAUCUUGCCCCUGAAGUACUUCACAAGCAGCCUUAUGACAGAACCGUUGACUGGUGGUGCCUCGGGGCUGUCUUAUAUGAAAUGCUGUAUGGUCUGCCUCCUUUUUACAGUCGAAACACAGCUGAGAUGUAUGACAACAUUUUGAACAAGCCACUUCAAUUGAAGCCAAAUAUUACAAAUUCUGCAAGACACCUUCUCGAGGGGCUACUGCAGAAAGAUAGGACAAAAAGGCUUGGAGCCAAGGAUGACUUUAUGGAGAUUAAGAAUCAUAUCUUCUUCUCCCUUAUUAACUGGGAUGAUCUCAUUAAUAAGAAGAUUACUCCCCCUUUUAACCCAAAUGUGAGUGGACCCAGCGAUCUUCGACAUUUUGAUCCUGAGUUUACAGAAGAACCUGUUCCAAACUCCAUUGGCAAGUCCCCGGACAGCAUCCUGAUCACUGCCAGUGUCAAGGAAGCAGCAGAAGCUUUCCUAGGUUUCUCCUAUGCACCUCCUAUGGAUUCUUUCCUCUGAACAUUCUUGGACUGGUUUUGAGAGAGAGAAGUUCUGAGAUGGUUUGGUGUGUGUGUGUGUUUCAUUUCAUUUUGCCCUUCAGCCAAGCCGCCAGCUGACCAGACAUCUUUAAAAAAAAAAUUUGCACAUCUCUGGAAGCUUGGCAACUAAUUUCAACUGCACUGUUGGCUGAAAGCUUUGUGAAGAGCACAUAACUUCUCCUUUCAGUGAGCUCACAAGCUUUUCGUUUUCUUAUUCUCCUCCUCCAAAGUGGUGCUAUCUCUUUGAAACAAGUGUGAUAUUGCUGUCAUGGAUAGCAGGUGUGUAGUUUUUGUAGGAAGGAAGAUGGAGUUGGGAAAGCAGUCUUGUGAAGAUCUGUAUGGGCUAUGGUAAUAGAUUUUAUGAAAUGUGCCUUUUAUCUGAUGAGGUCCUUGUUGGCUCCAAAGCUUUUUUUGUUCCUUAUUUGAGUGUUUCAACUUUUAAUCUUUUUUUCUCUUUUGUGGGUUUACUAUGUGAACAAUGGUAUGUAUAUGUGUGGUAUGCUUACUUACAGAUGGAUUUAGUUAUAAGCAUCAAUGUGACACUUGCAGGACACUACAAUGUGGGACAUUGUUUGAUUCUUCCAUAUUUGGAAGAUAAAUUUAUGUGUAGACUUUUUUUUGUAAGAUAUAUAUAUAUAGAUAUAUAUAUAUAUAAAUAGUUAAUAACUAAAAUUUAUUGAAAAUGGUCUUGCAAUGACUUGGACCCAGAUGCUUGAAGAAAGCAUUGCUGCUACAAAUAUUUCUAUUUUUAGAAAGGGUUUUUAUGGACCAAUGCCCUAGUUGCAGUCGGUCAAAGCUGUUGGUUUGUUUCAUUGUUUGUUUUAAAAUGUCACCUGUAAAA